CCGCCCCCCGCAGCCCCUUCUCACUCUCAACCGCUCUCUUCUUUGUCGCGGAAAUUUUUUUUAAACACUCGGCCGCGACCACGUAAUUAUUAAGGACAGGCCGUGUAAACGGCGCUGAUUCGCCAUUCACGCUUGAUUAUUACUUAAGGCGGAAUUUCAAUGGAUGAAACAUACAAGAGAUGAAAGAUACAAAAAGAUACAAAGAGAUGAAACAUACAAACAUACGCGAUUAAGGGGACGAGCAUAACGAAAGUUGUUGAGAGAAAAAGCUGACGAACAAAUGAGAGGAGUGAAGGGGCGCGAAGAAGAAAACAAAAAAAUACGAAAAGUAUUAGUUUCAAGGGUGUUUUGUUUUUACGUAAAAAGAAAAAAAAAAGAAUUCGAAGGGAAUAGAAGAAAAUAUGAACUAUCCUUUUAUCAUGCUUUUCGUGCGUAAAUUUAAGUGAGAGAGGACUAUACAUAUAUAUAAAUAUAUGUAUAUUUGAUAUUCUAUAUAAAUAAAUAAAUAUAUAUAUGUAUAUGUAUAUAAAUAAUAUAAUAUAUGUAUAUUCACUCUAACGUCGGCGCGUGCCGUUUUGCGAGAAGGAAAGUUUUGCGAAAGCGUAAAAGCAACGAACAGAGAAAUAAGAUGGACGUGAAGAGGAAGAGGAAGAAAGGAGGAAAGAAAAGAAAAAUGAAACCCGCGAUUGUUGCCCGUUGUUGACGCUCGAAUUAUUAUUACUAUUACGUUAUUACGUCUAUUGCUAUUAUUAUUAUUAUCAUUACUACUUAUAUUAAUAUUAUUCGCCUAUCGUUAAUUAUUAGCGUCCUCCUCGUCUUCGUCUUCUUCGUCGAUAUUGAUUGUAUAAAAAUGAGAAGAAAAAAACACGAACCAGUCUGCAAGAAAGAAAAAAAAAUGAAAGGCGAAAUAAGUGCGAAAAGUUCCGUCACGAUACUCGCGGUAUGAAAGAAAAGUGCGAGAGAGAAAAAAAGAGAGAAAAAAGGGGACAGGAGGUAGUCGUACAAACGAAACAACGACGGCCGGUAAAGAAAAAAGUGAAAAGAAAAGAAGACGGCAUAAAGACGUUGACAGUGAUCUCUUCUUUCUUUUUUUUUUCUCUAUCUCCACCGUCAACGUGUGAAAAAUCUUUAUAUGUAUAACCGUAAGCAUAAAGCAGAAAAAGAAGCUCUUCUCUCGUGUAGUCCUCGUGGUAUUUGUUCGGUGCAUGGAAUACGCAGUUUAACUACAGAAGCCUACAUUUGACAUUAUAAUUAUAUAAACUCAAUAGAGAAGGAAAAAAAAGAAAGAUGAAAGAAAAAUAGGGAAAAAAUGUACAAGAAUUACAUACGCCCUCUAAAAUACGUAUGUCACGAAUACCUAUAUAUAUAUAAUUAUUAUAUAUAUAUAGGACAUUAACAAGGUACACUCAUCAUGCAUGCGCACACGGACACGGAGUAACACUGAAUUACACACAACACAGAUCCGCAAUGUGAAAACACAUAUUGACGAACGUACGAAAAUAAACCCGUGUGAGGGUCUUCCAUGACCCCAGCUUUACCAAUAAAUAACGCUCUUAAGAAAUUGACUAGUUGGCUAUUUUUAUUGCGCAAUCGCAUAAUUACGCUUUAUCCACAAUAUUAUGGCUAUUUCACGUGUACAUGUAUAUGUAUACAUACACGCUGGGACUUUAUUAAUUACGAUUAAGAUUGUGACCAGUACUUACCUGGAAGCUGUCUUAUACUCAAAAAUAGUGUUUGGCUUGUUAUGCAUUACUUUGGUAACUUUUCUUCUUUUCCUUGUUGACAAUCCGACAUUGUCUAAUUUGUUUUUACCUAAUAGCAUCGUACCCCGUGAUCACGAUUAACGGUACCCCGAUACUCAUUGUACUGUACUUAUGGGUUACUAUCCUACAAAUCGGUUUUGUCAAGCGACGAUUAUACGGAGAGCUCCGGCACUUGCGUAGUAGACGGUACGGCGCUUACGAGCGUCUAUGUAACGUAAAUCUGUCGGGAAGAGCGCAGCAGUCGAUCCGCGAUCUCCGAUGCGGAUGGUGGUGAAUUUUAGCGACGCUCCUGCUGCUCUUACGUGCACGUGUGUUAAAUGCGUUUCUUUUGUACGGACACGUAAUACUAUUUGAGUGAGAGAACAGUGAAUUACAUAUUGUAUAGUGUGCGGUGCCUACCUUUGUUACUGGGCGUAAUUAUGCGUUAUUGAAGUUAGUUUUUUUUUGUCAAGUACUGGUGCCAGAAAUAUUGUAUGGGUCGUUUGGAUAAUUUGCGUUCACGUUGAGGACCAUUUCCUUAUGGCUUGGUUCAGAAGAAAGGACCUCGGUAUGACAAUGGACGAGCACGGGUCGUGCGACGCAUAGUAAAUAGCGAUAAGGCGUGCUGUAAUAGCCGUAGACUUGCUGUUAUACAGUAGAGGAUUUUCGAAUGACAAGGUCUCGCACGGACAGUAAGAUGUCUGGUACGAUAACGAGCGUGAGGAACCUGGACCCAGGUUCCAAUACGGGAUUGCAGAAUUAUCGUAGAAGCAGUCUGGCAGCUUCUCUUCACUCCAACCUCUUAGGGCUAGGUUCCUCCAGUUCCGAUGGUUCUCCCUUUCACGUUGUGGGAUCUGCCAGAAGGAGAUUCAGCAAUGUCAGCGACGUCGUCUCGAGGAAGUUGUCAUAUACGAUAGGCUGGAGAUCAGUUUCGGCCAGUGUCAAGCUCACGGUAUCUCAGGGUUCUUCGCUCUGCGCUCAGUACAUCAGGAACCGUCUCAAGAGAUCAGGAAUCUUUCAUAGGAAGUUAGGACUGAAGAGGAUGCGAAGCGAGAUCUUACUUCCUGGUGGUAGCCUGGUCGGGGAAGUCUAUCCAGAGCUCACGACUAUCGGAGCUGAACUGGAAAAGAUGCAUCCUAAUCUCUUUGUCAGGAUAGGCAGACAAGUUGGCUGUGGCCACUUCACUACCGAACAAUCGGCCUCCGACGCCCUUACCGACGUCUCCAGGGAGAUGUUGCGCAACGGCGAAAUGACCUGGAGCAAGAUCGUCGCUCUCUAUGCUGUAGCUGGGGGUAUUGCCGUUGACUGUGUUCGACAAGGGAAACCAGAAUUCCUUCCAGCUAUUCAAAGAGGAAUGAAUGAAGUUCUGGAGGACGAUCUAGGUCCUUGGAUACAAGCCAAUGGUGGAUGGGGCGCACUCACGUCUAGGUACAGGCCUGCUGUCAAGACGACCACUUGGCAGAUACGUAAAGUCCUUAUAUUUAUUAUUCUCACUAUUUUCCUCGUUGGAUUUCUUUCUCUGACGUUCAAGGCACUUGUACUUUAAUAUCGAAUUCAUCCGAUCACGGUCUGUAAUUAAGUUAUUUAUUCUACCUCGUUUAUCUAGGUUCUCGUGUAUCUCCACACUUCCACCUACUUUCAAGUACUUUUACAAUCAAUUAUACGUACCUGUGUCGCGCAUAGAAAAUACUCCAACCAUAUAUUAUUACUUUAUACAGGUUUUGCUUCGAGCAUAGUAUGAAAAUGUUUUAUAUUAAUAAAAUAUUCAUUCAU